AUGCUCUGCACGAGUGUUGGACGCCAACUGAUCUCGCUUCCUCGUGUCGCUCAGUCAACUCGCGCGAGGCUAGUGGACGGUCUUGCUCCCUUGCCCCGAUGCCCAUGCCCGCCUGACACCCCCUCCCUCAACCCCCCAAAGCCUGUCCCGACGGCUUUUCUGAGAGGGCGCCUUGCUCGUAAACCGUCGGGGCUUCUGCUUCUCGGCGCUCCGAAACCAAAAUCGAGAAGUCGUCCCUCUCACCAGACGCCAUUUUCAGAAAGGGUUAACCCCGAGCUCAAUGACCCGCGUUGUAUUUGGGUUUUGCGAAUGAAAGGAAACUGCGACUCCGAGAAACGUGUUACGGAGAGCGGCAAGAGACUGGCUGAGCUGGAAGGCGUCGAGAGCGAAGUGGUCAUCACACGUUUCUUCGGCAUCUUCUUCUUGUUCUACCAGACGACGCAGGUGUGGGGCAACGUCAUCUCCUCCACAGUCCUAUCAGUAGGAGUUGAAAAGAACAAGACAGCCGAGGAUCUCCUCACCUGCGGCUACAACUUCUGCCUCGACCAACGGCACGAGGACUCCCCCAGCAACACCACCGCCAGCACAGACAGACGCGAAGACGGUCCUUCUCUUUGGAAGAUCUACACCAUGGCUUCCAUCUACCUCGGUUGUUCUCUCCUCGCCGCCGCCGUUGCCGUCUUCUUUGUGGAUCCUCUGAGCAGAGUUGUGAAGGAAUCCCCAGACAGCCAGGAAAAGAAUGGCCUUGCCCUCGUUGCCGCCACGUUUAACCAACUGCGCCAUCCCUACCAGUUGCUGAUCAUUCCCCUGACAAUAUGGUCGGGGGUGGAGCAGGCUUUCCUCGGAGCAGAUUAUACGGCGGCAUUCGUAUCCUGUGGUCUCGGCGUACACAUGGUCGGUUACAUCAUCAUUUGUUACGGUGUGUGUGACGCCAUUUGCUCCGCUGGAUUCAGCCCCAUCGUCCGGAAGUACGGCCGUGUCCCCGUCUUCAGCCUCGGUUUCCUCAUUAACCUGGGGCUGAACAUCACUUUGACGUACUGGAUGCCGAAACCCGAUGAUUUGGUCGUCUUCUUCGUCAUAUCUGGUCUCUGGGGCGUCGCUGAUGCAGUAUGGCAGACGCAGAUAAACACUCUCUACGGCGUGAUCUUCCCCGGCGAGUCCGAGGCCGCCUUCAGCAACUACCGCCUGUGGGAGUCGACGGGCUUUAUCAUCGCCUACGCCUGCAGCACCGUCCUCUGCGUCAGCUCGAAGAUCGUGGUCCUCAACGUGUUCCUCCUGCUGGGGAUCGCGGGGUACUACGUCAUCGAGAUCCUGGAAAAGCGGGGAGGACUCGAGAAGGACAGUGACGGGAAGGUGGUGGUUCUCGACCGGCUGUUCCUGCGAGCGCUGAAGAAGGGGAGGGCUGCGUACUCCGUGCUGAAAGCUUUCCAGUACGACGUUCAUGUGUAUAAAUCAAUUAUGCAGAAUCUGAGUCUAAGGAUCCAAGAAAAUUUCCUGCGGCGUAAAGAAGGUACUCUUAAUCUUCCUAAGAACCCCCUCCCCACCCCACCCUACGCUACCCCAACCCUCAAGAGUUGUGUGGUUCAUACGCUCUUGAUGAUGAUGCAAAACUGGAUGCUUCCUAAGGUCGAGCGAUCAACGAACAACUUCCUACGUGGAAUAAUGUAUUAUGAGAGACCACCAUGGCCUGAACGCAGCAUGGCCAAAGUAAACACAGCAUGGUCUAAACGAAACAUGGCCUAA